GUUCUGGUGGUGGAUGGAGGGGCUGGGUGCACAAAACCGUGAAUGUGCUUAAUGCCGCUGGACUGUGGGCCUAAAAUGGGUAAAAUGAAGCCGUCACACUGGCCCAUCCCAUUGAUGGCACUCUGCUGACUGGACCCGGGGAUCAGGAAGUACAGCUCAUCUAGGCAUAUUGACAGAACACACACGUGUCAGAAGCGUGAACCUGAGCCAUCUGUCCAUGGGACUGAGGUCCCCAAGCACAGGACUCCCUGGACACGCGUGAGGAGGAAGUGGAGAAAGCGCACCGCACGAGUGGAACCGGCUCCAAACACCAGCCAGAGCGCUCCUGAGCUCACACUUCUUCCUGAGGAUGCUGACCAGCUGACCACAGGCCAGCGGCUCCCCAGGCCUUCCCCCAGCCCCAGGAUGGGACGGGCUAGGCGCCUGGCCUGGGAGCCCGAGCAUGCGCCCAGGGUCCACCAUGACAGCCAGCCUUCAUCUACCCUGGAGGACCAAGUCCACCACCACUUGGUCCAGGAGAUGUACCUGGGGCCCACAGUGGCAGAGCUGCAAGCACUACGUCGGAGGAGACCGAGGUGGCAUGCCUGGUAUCUCUUGUGCCACCACUAUCUACAACCAGUUCAGGAGCUCCCUGAGACCCCUGUGCUGGAGCUACAGCCGGCGUCACGUGCUUCAGUCUGUGCAGAGCCGGGGGAUGUCCCAGCAGUGGCCUCAGUACCCGUGCUAGCUGCGAGCACCUGGGACAUCCCAGGAGUGGUCUCAGGCCCCGAGCUACAGCCCCAUGAUCCAUUGAGCCCAGGGCCCAGGGCACCUGCUGGAACGGCACUGGGCCAGGGAGAGCCAGAUGUGGGUCUGGAACCCACCAGGCCCUGUACCGCGAGCACCCAGGACAUGUGGAGGAAGGAGGAGCCGCCCAUCCUGGUGUUUGCCCCCCGCCUGGUGGCCAAGCAGCUGACCCUGAUGUGUGCGGAGCUGUUCAUGAAGGUGCGCUAUUCUGAAUGCCAAGCCUACCUUUGGCACCAACCACAAACAGGAACCAUUGAGCACAUCGCUCCCACCAUCCAUAAGGUCAUGAAGCAGAUUGAAGCUACAGUCAGGUUGGUCACCACCUCCUGCCUUGGGACCCCGAGCAUGACGGCCCAGGACAGGGCACGAGUGGUGGAGUUCUGGAUCCGGGUGGCCGAGGAGUGCUGGUACCUCAGGAACCACGCUGCCCUCCAUGCCAUUGUCUCGGCCCUGCAGUGCCCUGCUAUUCGUCGUCUGGACAGCACCUGGGGUCAUGUGUCCUGGGAGAGCUCCUGGAUCUACAAAAAACUUAAAAACACGGACAAGGGAGUUAACAGGAAGCAGCUCCUAGAGGGCGGGCGGCCGUGGCCCAAGAACCCCCAUGAGUGUGAGUGUGUGCUGGAGCUGGGGUCGCUCUGGGCUGAGAGCCUGCUGGAGGAGAUGACCUUCACGUUGAUGCAGAUGCUGUGGGACCGUAUGGGACCCGACGUGAGGAAGAGGAAGCUACAGCCUGUCCUGCCAGCUGGAGCCCCCAGGCCAGGGGGCCGGCAGAAAGUGACUGUUCUUCAGGCCCCACAAGAUGUAAAUUUACCAGCCAGCCAGGGCCAGGGACCCCCCCGGGUGCUGGUGAUUGAUAGGACCCUCCGCACAGGGCCCGGAGCCCAGAGGACAGUGGGGACGGGGUGGAAGCAGGAUAAUGGGGGGAACCAGGAUAAUGGGGGGAACCCGGGAUAA